AUGCCACUCCGUUCAAUUGGCCUACGGGCUUAUCAGUCUGUACAGAUAAUCUCGUCUCGAAGAUGGGCGUCGACUUUGGGUGCAAGCAAAAGUCGGGAUCGUUUAUCCGUUUUGGGUAACGGUUCAUUAACAAAGCAAGAUGCCCUGAGCCGCAUAUCAGCGUGGCAAGGAGCUGCAGAAAAGGAUGGAGUUGACUCGCAGCCAACGAACGCGGUCGCCAUCCUUGUAUCAAGAGACCUCUCGAGGUGGCUUGACGACUCAGAUUUCAUGUCAGCACUCAUCUCUAGUCUCAGUCUUGGCAGCUCAGAGGCUUCCCAGACGGAUGUAAAUGUCCUGAGUGCAGCGGUGGAUAGCCUUUGCCCACAAUCUCUGCACGGCACCCCCUCGAGCGGCCUUUCCAUCCUUCGAGGUGACCAAGACGCCAUACUCCCAGGCCUGUGGCAACAAGACUUUGAAACGACAUCACCUACCUUUAUGCAACGCUCAGAAGACGCGCGCCCAUCCAUUUCUAUGCGUCUGAACCCGUUUCUUGGUGACUUUCGCGCCGUAGAUGCCACCCUACCGCUGGCCAACACGGUUUUCCAAAACGCUCGCCCGUUCACGCUUAUUGCCAGCAAGUGGAGGCAUGAUUCCGCCACUAGCACAGCACCUAGGCUCGUUGAUGCAUUGGAAAAAGAGACGCAGCGCAUCGUGGCAUCUACCGGAAGCAUCCAGUCGCAUGCUAACAUCUCGGUACCUAUUUUCCCAUUGACUGCACCGAGGAGAAUAGCAUCGGGUCUCGGCAACAUCGUGCGCCAGAUUGAGGUGGGCGAUGCUCCUGUUCCUGCGUCGGAGGAGCUCGAGACUGCUAUGCACGCUCUGAUCGAUGCGCGCGAGAGGCUGCUCCCGGAAGCUGGUCCAACCUCCAACAGGACCUGGGCAUUGGUCGUCCCCGAGAACUCUGCAAGUCUUGAAUUCCUCAAAGGUUUUUCCACUUCGGUAGGUGAGGCUGGCGUCAAGAGCGAGCAAGAGAGGGCAGAGACUUUUGCGAGACAUUUCUCGAGCAUUCUUGAGGAGGGCGGCCGCUUACACCGAGUCUUGAGCGGUGGAGGUGGCUGGGGCGCCAAAAGGGGUCUGCUGUCCCUUGACCCGCAAACGACAUAUUCAUCAUCAGGGCCGGAAGAUUUGGAGACUUUCAUGGCGGCCUUUGGUGGCGAGACUACACCAAACAGUGUUGUAUCGCCAGGGUCUUACAUUCAGUUCCUGGUCGAGCCGCUACAGCCAUCGCCGGCGCAGGGAACACAGCGACUUCCGUCAUUGCUUCUCGGAACCACGCCAUCAAACCCUGUCGAAUUGGGCGAUGGCGAAAAUAGCAGGGGCAAGCAGCCCCCUAAUCUCGUCGAGGGACACUUUGGUGCCUUGUCGAAUUCGGGCAUUUAUCUCAGCCUUGCCUCAAGCUCGAAUAGCGGAAGCUAUCCGGGUCAAAUACUCACCAAAGUCGAUGCCCCAAACUCUUACUUGUGGGAAGGAUCAAGUCGAUUCUGUGGCAUCUGCAGAUUCUCACAAGGCCCACAUAACGGUGUCUACUCGGCCAUGUCCUUUGGCUACUCGGUUGGCGAUCUGAUAGCGGGAGCCAACAUGACCCACAAGCUCGUCCGCCUCAUGUCGGGCACGAGCGGCGCCAGCGUCGAAUACCAGGAGGCGAUGGCGGAGCUGUGCGCGAUGCAAGACGCAUUUAUACAGAUCAGCAAAAUGCACCGCGUGAGCGACGUGCGGAUCUUCCCACAAGCCACGGUCAACGCGGUCUCGGUCAUCGUGAUAUAG